CUCUAAAAUUAAUAAGUUGUCUUCGUGAUUCCUGGUGCUUGUAGUUCCCACCAACCAAGUACCAAACCAUAGCAUUAUUUUCACUUUUGAUCUCGCAGUCGCGGACUUUCCUAGAAAACUGCUCCCUCAACUUUUUAUUCAUCCCUCGCAACUUUUUCAUUGCCAAUUUGCUGUAUCUCUUAUUAAACCCUCUUCUAUUCUGGUGGCUGCUCCUUUUCCGAUCUCUCACUACCACAAUUACACCACACACAAAGUACAAAAGCAGGCAUUAAUGGCGACUUCAAGCUUAGUCAAGUUAAACGCAGCGUCUUCACAAUGGAUCGGCCAACAAUCGUUCACUCAACGCAACGCAUUAUCAUCACCAUCUUCCUCUGUCGCGUGUCCAAUUCGUCGAGUUUCCCUUCCUGUUGUUCGAGCUUCCGCUUCUUCUUAUGUCGAUGAACUCGUCAAAACUGCUAAAACCAUUGCCUCCCCUGGACGUGGUAUCCUUGCCAUUGAUGAAUCUAAUGCUACUUGUGGUAAGAGGUUGGCAUCCAUUGGCCUUGAUAACACAGAAGCCAAUCGCCAGGCAUACAGGCAGCUUCUUCUUACAACUCCUGGCCUGGGCAAAUAUAUUUCUGGUGCUAUUCUUUUUGAGGAGACACUUUACCAGUCUACAAAAGAUGGAAAGAAGUUUGUGGAGUGUCUACGUGAUGCAAACAUUGUACCUGGCAUCAAAGUUGAUAAGGGUUUGUCUCCAUUGCCUGGGUCAAAUAACGAAUCUUGGUGCCAAGGUUUAGAUGGUUUGGCAUCUAGAUCUGCUGAGUACUAUAAGCAGGGUGCUCGUUUUGCGAAAUGGCGUACAGUUGUUAGUGUUCCAUGCGGACCUUCUGCUUUGGCUGUCAAAGAAGCUGCAUGGGGACUUGCUCGUUAUGCUGCUAUUUCCCAGGACAAUGGCCUAGUGCCCAUAGUGGAACCAGAAAUUCUUCUUGAUGGUGACCAUCCAAUAGAGAGGACACUUGAUGUAGCAGAGCGGGUGUGGGCUGAAGUCUUUUACUAUUUGGCUCAAAACAAUGUUGUUUUUGAAGGAAUUCUUCUUAAGCCCAGUAUGGUUACCCCAGGAGCUGAGCACAAAGAGAAGGCUUCUCCUGAAACCAUUGCAAAACACACUCUUCAAAUGCUUAAGAGGAGAGUACCUCCAGCUGUUCCUGGAAUUAUGUUUUUGUCUGGCGGUCAAUCAGAAGUAGAAGCGACCUUGAACCUCAAUGCAAUGAACCAAAGUCCCAACCCAUGGCAUGUGUCGUUCUCGUAUGCUCGUGCACUACAAAACAGUGUUCUUAAGACAUGGCAGGGACGUCCAGAGAAUGUAGAAGCUGCCCAGAAAGCUCUUUUGGUGCGUGCCAAGGCAAAUUCCCUUGCUCAACUUGGGAAGUACUCUGCCGAAGGGGAGAAUGAAGAAGCAAAGAAGGAUAUGUUCGUGAAGGGUUACACUUACUAAGGCUAGACUCUAGAGCUUGCGGCACUUGUUAUUGUUCCAUUGUUUAAAGGUUUAUGUUAUUUCUCCCCAAUAAUAUGAUAUGAUUUUGGAGAGAAAGGGAGUCCCGUUUCAAUCUAGUUGGUGAGUUGGUUUUCUUCUCUGUUUGUGAUGU